AUGAAACUUCAACUGCGACAGUUCCUGACCCUCAACGGUGCAUGGGGUCGUGCACCGACAGCAUCACCAUGUUGCCCCCGACGGUCAUUUGUCGCGACAGCCUGCGCCCAGGCCGGACACAACAAGUGGUCCAAGACGAAACACAUCAAGGCGGUGACGGACAAGAAGAAGAUGGUUGCGCGGACAUCCUUUGAGAAGCUGAUUGCCAUGCAUUCGAGGCUCAACGGCGAAGAUUUGAAAUUCAAUCCGCAGCUAGCGAGUGCCAUAACGGCAGCAAACAAAGCAAGCGUCCCCAAGUCCAUCAUUGAAGGCGCCAUUGCCCGCGGCCAAGGCCGCUCCACGACGGGCGCCCGGCUUGAACCCAUGCAGCUCGAAGUACUUCUACCACCAGAUGUCGCUAUCAUAGUCGAAGCCGAGACGGACAAUAAGAACCGCACACUGGGAGAUCUGAGAGUGGUAGUUAAGAAGGCCGGCGCCCUAACUAGCUCUACAAACUUCUACUUUACCAAGCGGGGCCGCGCCGUCUUCAAGGCUGCCGCCGCCGCCACGGAGGGCGAUGCUGGCAGCAGUGGCGGGGGCCCGGACCUCUCGGAACUAGUCGACGCGGCCAUCGAGCUGGAGGGCGUGGAGGACGCUGAGGAUAUGCCCGAUGGGAGCUUCCUCGUGUGGACGGAGCCCUCUAAGCUGGCCAGCAUCACCGAGACGCUGAGCCGCCAGCUAAACCUCGACGUGCGGGAAUCUGACAUUGUGUGGCACCCCAAUGAAGAUACACGCGUCGAGAUAGCCUCAUCAGAAAUUGUCGAGGUCCUCGAGAUCCUGCUCUCGGGUAUAAGAGAGUACCCCGAGGUCAAGGGUGUAUUUGCCAAUGUGUGCCAAGGGUCAUCCAUCACGGACGAUGAGUGGGACAGAAUCCAGAGAUACUUGGACGUAUGUGCACGAUAUUUCCUCAUAUCAUCUUUCCCUCGCAAGGGAUAA